AUUUUGGACUGUUUGAGACAACGGAAGCGUAAAUCGCUCUGGAAUCCCACGAUCCCUACCUCACUUCCAUCUCACCUCGCCAGCCAUUUCUCCCUUUCAAGAAGUCCGCGUUCCUUACCUGCUCGCUUUUUCUAUAUCUUUGGGGUCUGUUCGCCAGCCGCCGGCGCCCUUUUGUCGGAUUCGCCUUUCUUCAGGUUAAGAUGAUUUUGAUGAUAUAUUGUAGUGAAGCCGGGGCGCUGGUCUAGUACCUUGCUACCUGCACUCCGUCCAUAGCAUAAAUGGGUUGUUUCGGCUCUAAAGUAAGAAGGCAAUUUCCGGGGCAUGAGGAUCCUGUGACUCUCGCAUCACAGACAGCUUUCACUGUUAGCGAGGUUGAAGCGCUGUUUGAACUUUUUAAGAGCAUCAGUGGUUCUGUUGUCGAUGAUGGAUUAAUAAGCAAGGAAGAAUUUCAGUUGGCAAUUUUCAAGAAUAGGAAAAGGGAGAAUCUCUUUGCAAAUCGGAUCUUUGACCUGUUUGAUGUUAAAAAGAAGGGAGUCAUUGAUUUUGGUGAUUUCGUUAGAUCACUCAAUGUGUUCCAUCCAAAUGCACCACAAGAAGACAAGAUAGAUUUUUCAUUUAGGCUCUACGAUUUGGAUAGCACGGGCUUCAUAGAGCGGCAAGAGGUCAAGCAAAUGCUAAUUGCACUUCUUUGUGAGUCUGAAAUGAAGCUGGCGGAUGAGACCAUAGACGCAAUUCUUGACAAGACAUUUUUGGACGCUGAUCUGAACAAAGAUGGGAAAAUAGACAAGGCUGAAUGGCAAGACUUCGUUUCAAAGAAUCCCUCACUACUCAAAAUCAUGACCCUACCCUACCUGAGGGACAUAACAACUACGUUCCCAAGUUUUGUAUUUAAUUCCGAAGUUGAUGAAAUUGCCACUUGAGAUUUGCGAUUCGAGAUUCGAGGGCAUGCGGGUUUAGUUUAUGCAGUUAGCGAUCGAGUGCCUUUUCUUUUGUUUUUGAAUAUUAGUGUUUGAAGAGAGUAAUAUAGUGUUAAUGUAAUUAGCUUUUCUCAGCAAUCUGUAAAUCACAUUCUUGAAAAUUUCCAGUGAGCAUUCUUGUUGGUAAUGCUUUUACAACCUUCGUUAUUUUCCA